CUUAGGUUAGCGGAAAAUCUUCGGUUUCCGUUUUGCGGGGCUCAUCCUCCGAUCGUCGACGCCGGGCGUGCGGGGAGCUAUAGCCUUGCCUUCACUGAGUGCAUUAACUGUCUCUCAUCUUAUCAAUCUAAUAAUCUUCUUAUCAAUUCUACACCCGCUGUAGGAUUAUACGUCGAUCUUGGCUCUGAAAUUCUUUUCUUUGUAUUCUUCUUCCUUGAAGUUAACCUUGCAAGGAUGUUGGUGUUGAGGAGUUCCUUGGUUCAUUUCUUGCCAUAGCGUUGAGGAGUUCUUACAGUAUUGAUAUUAAUCGGGCAACAAGUUGUAAUAGGGGUGCUGUUAUUCCCAUAGCCAUGUCACUUCCACUCACACCAUCUAAGAGGCCGAAUGAUAGGAGCCUUGUAGAGCCAAAUGGGAAAGGGAAGUGGCAGAAGACAACAGGCUCUUUACUACCAAGUCAACCUUUUAAAGUGUCCCCUGGAAGUGUUGUCUUCCGUUUACUCUGUCCUGCUUCUAAAAUUGGUUGUGUUAUUGGAAAAGGUGGAAGCAUCAUAUCAGAAAUUCGUCAGGAAUCUGGCGUGAAGGUUAAAGUCGAGGAUACUAUACCUGGAUGUGAUGAAAGAGUUAUUACUAUUACUGGUUCUGAUAAAGAGACUAAAGAAGAUGGUGAGAAGAAUGAGGAGGUUCGUAAUGAAGAGACAGAGAAUAAGGGGAAAGAUGAUGAGACAAUAAAUCAUGGCGACAAUGAUGAAAAUCAAGUUUCUCUUCCUGUUGAAGAUACAAAUCGUGAGAAGGGGACUUCAUCUGUUCAGAAGGCUCUAUUUCUUGUGUUUGAGAGGAUUGUUGAAGGAGAAGAGGAGAAAACUGAAGUUGAUGGAGAAGAUACCAGGUCUUCCUUUGUUUUGAGGCUACUGGUCCUUUCUAAUCAAGUUGGUUGCCUUCUAGGAAAGGGUGGUAGUGUAAUCAAGCAAAUGUCAGCUGACAGUGGGGCACAGAUUCGGAUUCUUCCUAGGGAUAAACUUCCCUUGUGUGCAUCAGCUUCCGAUGAGCUAGUUCAGAUCACGGGGGAAGUUGAAGUUGUGAGAAAAGCUCUUCAUUCUGUUUCUCAGCAGCUGAUGGUGAAUCCAUCCCGGGAUCAUGAAUCUGUAAUAUCAAAUGCUAUAGGGCCAUCUCAUUCAUUUGGUCAGUUCCCACCACCCAGCCGUUCCUUUGGUGCUCAAGGAGGGCCUGCUGGAUCUCGUGAUAUUUCUGACUUCCACUCUGCUCCUCCACCCCUGCUACCCAAAUUUCAUGAAGGUAUUCAUGGUCGAAUGAGGCCUUCACAGGAAAUGCUGACUUUUCGUUUAUUGUGUUAUGCUGAGAGGGUAGGAAGUAUUAUUGGUAAAGGUGGAGCAAUAAUAAAGACUGUACAGCAAGAGACUGCAAGUGAAAUCAAGGUUAUUGAAAGUGAAUCUGAUUCAGAGGAUCGCAUUAUUGUCAUAUCUGGCCCUGCGCACCCAGAUGAUAGAAUAUCUCCCGUGCAAGAUGCUGUACUUCGUGUGCAAACUAGGAUAGUCAGAGCCAUACCUGAUGUCAAAGAGCAUAGUAUGUUAGCUAGGAUUCUUGUUUCCUCCAAUCAAAUAGGUUGUCUCCUUGGCAAGGGUGGUUCCAUCAUAACCGAAAUGAGGAAGUUGUCUGGGGCCCAUAUUCGUAUAUUAGGAAAAGACCAGGUCCCAAAAUGUGCUUCAGAAGAUGAAGAAGUAGUACAGAUAAGUGGAGAAGUUGAGGCAGUGCAGGAUGCUCUUUUGCAAAUAACCACUAGAUUACGACAUCAUUUCUUUCGUGAUGCAUAUCCAUCAAUCAACUAUCCCUCCAAUCCUGCAUUUCUCGAUCAACUCCAUCCCUUCCCACCAUACAUGGGAAGGAGGGAACUUUCACCUCCUGGAAUGUAUUCUAACUUAGGUCUUCCUUUUAACAAGUUUGAUGCUAUUGGUGCUCCACCUUCUCAUGGUGGUUUUCCCCAUGAUGAUCGCCCUCUUUUUAUGCAUAAUUUGCCAAGACCUGGUGUUCCUCCAUACCUAUCUGAAAGGAGGCCUUGGGGUCCUCAGGGGCUACAUGAAGGUGGCAGACCCAUGGGCAUGCCGGACUUUGCAGGAGGUCCGCCUAGAAGAAUUUCAGGAUUUUCAGGAAUAAGCCAACAACCAAUUAUCACUAGCACCACAGUUGAAGUAGUUGUUCCUCGUGCUCUAGUUCCUGUAAUAUAUGGGGAAGAUGGUGAAUGUCUGAAACAAAUACGUGAGAUCUCUGAUGCAAAAAUCACCAUCACUGAUCCAAAGCCUGGAGCAGUGGAAACUGCAAUUAUAAUAUCCGGAACUCCAGAACAGACUCAUGCUGCACAGAGUCUCAUUCAAGCAUUUGUCAUGAGUGAGAAUGAAUCUGCUUAAGUCGUCUCUCUGGGUAACACAUUUGCUUUUUUUUUGGAAGUUGUAAUUGCGCUAGUUUAUAUGCUUAGUGGUACUUACGUUUAGUUAAAAUCUCCGAAGGAAAUGUCAUGUAAGGUGUUAGAAUUUUUGGCUUAUGUACUUGACUAAUUUAUAUGCUUAAGAGUACUUCUAUGAGUUAAAAAUCCAUAUAAGGAAUGACGUGUAUGGUAUUAAAUAUAUUCUCUAAAAAAUUGAUUAUGCUUAGCUUGCUGC